CCAGCGUCCAGCCUUAGUGGAUAUGCGUAUGUCCAGCUCCCUAAGGACCCACUCAGGACAGCUAAGGUGCACACAAGUCCAGGGGCUUCCCCGUGCUCCGCCCCCCUCCCCCCCCACCCCGGUAGCAGGCUGGAGGGCCCAGACCAUGCGGGGUAGUGGGAGAAAUGGAAAGAAAUGGGACAGGGAACAGGAGACAAGAGCCCAUGGUGGGAGUCAAAGAGCUGGAAGAGUUUUGGAAAUGGGGGUCUGGGGGUAGAGUUGAUCAAGGGGCGAGUUACUCAGCGGGACAGGUGGGAGGCACGAGGCCCUGGCAGCUCUGUUUUCUUGGCCGGGCUUGGGGAGGAAGGCGGGUAGCCGUCAGGCGCCUAAGGGCCCGCCCUGGACCUCCCCACCGAGGGAGGUGUCAGGCCCCCAGGGACCCGGCCCCCGAGCAUCACGGACGCGCUGGAGGCCGGUGGGCGGUCGCCGUAGUCGCCCUCCCACCACCUCGCUCAGGUUUCUCCGGCCUGGGGCAAGAGACCUGUGGCCCGCGCGGGAACGCACUGUCCACCCUCAGGCCUGGGACUGGGCCGGCGAGCGAACGCUACCAAGAGGCUGCGGCUCCCGGCCCCGCGGCCGGACCUGGCGCCUCCCCUGCGACCGCGGCCGGAGCCUGGAGGUGGGGUCAGAGUCAGAGCCCGGGGCUCUGAUGUCACCGCGCGGCCGCGAGGGCCCAGGAGCGCGUCUCGCCUGGAGCCUCAGGACCCACGCAGCCAGCCAGCCUCAGCAUUCAUCUGCGCAGCCAUGGAGGCCCUGGGACCUGGCGGCGACCGCGCCUCCCCGGCCUCGUCCACUAGCGGCCUGGACCUGCGGCAUCUGUCCAUGCGCGCGGACUCGGCCUACAGCUCUUUCUCCGCAGCCUCCGGCGGCCCUGAGCCACGCACGCAGUCGCCGGGGACAGACCUCCUUCCUUACCUAGACUGGGACUACGUGCGCGUGGUUUGGGGCGGCCCGGGCCCCGCCCCACCCGACGCUGCCCUUUGCACGUCCCCGCGGCCCCGGCCCGCGGUCGCCGCCCGCAGUGGGCCGCAGCCACCAGAGGUCCCGGGGACCCCGGGGCCACUGAACAGGCAUGCCACCCCGCUGCUGUACGCGCUGGCGGCCGAGGCGGAGGCCGCCGCGCGGGCUGCCGAGCCGCCCAGCCCGCCGGCCUCGAGGGCCGCCUACCGCCAGCGGCUGCAGGGCGCGCAGCGGCGAGUGCUCCGGGAGACGUCGUUCCAGCGCAAGGAGCUUCGCAUGAGCCUGCCCGCCCGUCUGCGGCCCACUGUCCCAGCGCGGCCCCCGGCGACUCACCCGCGCUCCGCCUCGCUCAGCCACCCGGGUGGGGAGGGGGAGCCGGCGCGCUCCCGGGCUCCCGCGCCAGGAACUGCCGGCCGGGGUCCCCUCGCCAACCAGCAGCGGAAAUGGUGCUUCUCGGAGCCAGGAAAGCUGGAUCUUGUGGGUCGGGGCGGUGGGCCGGCGGGGGAAUGCCUGGGUGAGGCCUGUUCCAGCUCUGGCCUCCUUGGGCCCGAGCCCUUGGAGUUCCAGCAUCCGGCGCUGGCUAAGUUUGAAGAUCACCAGGUCGGAUGGCUGCCCGAGAUGCAGCCCAAAGGCUCCAUGAACCUGGACUCCGGGUCCUUGAAGCUCGGUGAUGCCUUCAGGCCCACCAGUCGGAGUCAGAGCGCUUCAGGCGAAGUGUUGGGUUCCUGGGGAGGAUCAGGAGGGACCACACCCAUUGUCCAGGCUGUUCCCCAAGGAGCAGAAACCCCCAGACCAUUGUUUCAGACCAAACUUUCCAGUGUCCAUGCCUCUGACCAGCAGUAUGGAACUGGCUUAGGCCAAAGAACUGGCCAGGCUACAGUCCCCCCAGAGUACCCGCUCCAUGAGUGUCCAGGAACUGCAGGGGCAGAUGACUGCUGGCAGGGGGUGAAUGGUUCUGUAGGUAUUUCCAGGCCCACAAGCCACACCCCCACUGGGACUGCAAAUGAUAACAUCCUAACUAUUGACCCCACUGGACUGACCACCAAUUCCCCCACAGCUGCAGAGACUGACCUCCUCAAACCUCUCCCAGUUGAUGCCUUGGGACUUUCAGGCAAUGAUAUUCCAGGUCCCCCUCACAAUACUGCCCUAGCCAGGGGCACUGGCCAACCUGGUUCCAGGCCCACAUGGCCCAGUCAGUGCCUCGAGGAGCUGGUUCAGGAGCUGGCCAGAUUAGAUCCCUCUCUACGUGACCCUCUUGCUUCCCAGCCCAGCCCAGAGCCACCCCUGGGCCUGCUGGAUGGACUGAUUCCUUUAGCGGAGGUCCGGGCUGCAAUGCGGCCUGCCUGUGGGGAGGCUGGAGAGGAGGCCGCCAGUACUUUUGAGCCAGGGUCCUAUCAGUUCAGCUUCACCCAGCUCCUGCCAGCUCCUCAGGAGGAGACAAGGCUUGAAAACCCUGCCACCCACCCUGUGCUUGACCAGCCAUGUGACCAGGGGCUCCCUGCACCAAAUAACAGCAUCCAGGGCAAGAAAGUGGAGCUGGCCACCCUCCUCCAAAAGAUGCUUCAGGACCUUCACACGGAGCAGGAGCGGCUGCAGGGGGAGGCACAAGCGUGGGCCAGGCGCCAAGCGGCUCUGGAGGCUGCAGUGCGCCAGGCCUGUGCCCCUCGGGAGCUGGAGCGGUUCAGCAGGUUCAUGGCCGACCUAGAGCGCGUGCUUGGCCUUCUGCUGCUGCUGGGCAGUCGCCUGGCGCGCGUGCGCCGCGCCCUGGCCCAGGCGGCCUCAGACAGCGACCCUGAUGAGCAGGCCUCCCUGCUGCAGCGACUCCGGCUCCUGCAGCGGCAGGAGGAGGACGCCAAGGAGCUGAAGGAGCACGUGGCGCGGCGCGAGCGGGCCUUGCGGGAGGUGCUGGUGCGAGCACUACCGGUGGAGGAGCUGCGCGUCUAUUGCGCCCUGCUAGCGGGCAAGGCCGCCGUCCUGGCCCAGCAGCGCAGCCUGGACGAGCGCAUCCGCCUCCUUCAGGACCAACUGGACGCCAUCAGGGACGACCUUGGCCAUCAUCCCCCGUCUCCCAGCCCGGCGCGGCCCCCAGGGACCUGUCCUCCAGUUCAGCCGCCCUUCCCUCUUCUCCUUACAUAGUAAUAGGUGGAGAGGGUGGGGUGCACCGCCCCUACCUCUCACCCACGUGAGUGGGGUGAUGCUGAUUUAGUCUCUGCUUUUCCCUUGAGGGAUUGGGGAGGACCCAGGGCAGGCCUCUCUAAGAUACUCCUCCAGCCGGGCGCGGUGGCUCACGCCUGUAAUCCCAGCACUUUGGGAGGCGAGGAGGGCAGAUCACAAGGUCAGGAGAUCGAGACCAUCCUGGCUAACACGGUGAAACCCCGUCUCUACUAAGAAUAUAAAAAAUUAGCCGGGCGUGGUGGUGGGCGCCUGUAGUCCCAGCUACUCGGGAGGCUGAGGCAGGAGAAUGGCGUGAACCUGGGAGGUGGAGCUUGCAGUGAGCGGAGAUCGCGCCACUGCACUCCAGCCUGGGCGACAGAGCGAGACUCCGUCUCAAAAAAAAAACCAAAAACCAAAACCAAAAAACAAACAUUCCUCCACAGUGUUCUCAUGUGGCCUCACCCACGUCUUGUGGAUUAUUUGGUAAUUAAUUUAUGGAUCUUAGAAACUGUAGUAUUCCCCCAUUUUGUGAUGAGAGUGUGGGGCUGGCAGGGGUUGGUUGGAAGGAGGAGAGAAGACAGAGGAGCACUUAAGGUGCAAAGCAGCCUAUUUUUUCUUCAAUAAAAAUUGUUAAGAGAA